GUCUUGAAGGGUAAACAUCAGAGGGUCAGAACUACAAGGGCAGAUCACAGUGCACAUAUUAGGAACAAUGGCAACACUUCCACCAAGAAAAAACCCAACCCCUACAAAAAUUUCACGACAGCACUUGUCCCCUCUGCAGAUCCUUCUACAGAUGGGUUUUCCGAAACACAGAGCAGAAAAAGCCCUUGCAGCCACAGGCCACCGGGGCGUUCAGUUGGCUUCUGAUUGGCUCCUUGCACAUGUGAAUGAUUCAACACUGGAUCUAGACUGCCCGCGGGAAUAUGUGGUUUACCUCUGCCCAUCAGGCCUUCUCUAUGAACAGAUCCAGAGUUUUUGGGUUGAAGCUCUUCAAAAGUGUGGCUGGAAUGGGGCUCAUAAUCUUGUCCCUCACAUAACUCUCUGUUCCUUUUUUAAGUCAGGGGAUGAAAAUUGUGAAGCUCUCGUUGCAUCUUUAAAAGAAGUUGUACGAAGUGUUAUUCCUGCUCUUCCCUCAACCUUGACCUUAGACAAGUAUAUAUCGCCAAAUUACAUGGGUCUGUUUUUAAAUGACCAGCAAGCUGAUAUUCUUAAGAAACUUGCUGUCACAUAUGUCAAGGAGGUUUCUCACAUGCUUGAAGCUGGGUGUUACGAGAAACUGGAGGUGAUGGCAGCAUGUCUGCCUUGGUGCACAGGGACAACUCUUUCUCAGGAAUACUGCACCACAGGCGAAGCAGCAACAAAAGCCUUGCACCUUACACUUGCCUACCAGUUCCCACCAUCGCACUUCUCUCGUCUGGAAUCACUUGUUGAUAUUGUGGACCCGAGAGCACCUGCAGCCUGGGAGGUGCGGCUCUACUCCAGGGACACCCGGAUUGUAGGAAAUGAGGUCCACAAAGUCUUAUAUUCUCAUGUCCCUCGAGAACCAGAUGAGCUUGAGCUGCUCAUCGGUGAUUUUGUUUAUGUUAAUGGAGACAGUUUGGGUUCAUCACCUGAUGGAUGGGUCGAAGGAACAUCAUGGCUUACUGGGAGUACGGGUUACUUGCCUAUUAAUUAUAUUGAACGAACAGCCGAAUCAGAUGCCUGGACGCUUCAUAAAGCAAUCCCAGUUAUAGGCAACUCCGGUUUAGAAGGGCUGGAAACGGCAACUUUCCCACGCCGUCCCCCAAUUUCCUUGUCUUUGCUGAACCUCCUGGAAAACAGUGAAGGCUCAAGACGCUCAACUGAAGUGCUUUCAGAAUCAUCAUCAAUGGAUCGUUUACAUUCUCGACAAGCUUCCUUAGAAGCAAACCAGUCGCCUUUGUUGCCAAAAUAUGAGGCAUUAGAUGCUCUUUAUGCCAAGGUGAAAAAGCCAAAGAAAGAUGCUCCCCUUUACAAGUUUCCAAUUGAAGGCCCAAGAAAGAUCAUUGUGGCUCGUCAUGGGGAGAGAGUUGACUUUACCUUUGGCGACUGGAUACGCUUUUGUUUUGAUGAAACAGGAGUUUACACUCGUCGAGAUCUGAACAUGCCAGAAAAACUGCCAUGCCGGAUAGGAGCACCACACAGUUUCUAUAAAGAUUGUCCCCUAACAAAUAUUGGUUUGCUGCAAGCGACUCUAGUGGGACAAGCCUUAAAAAACUCCAACACAGAAGUGCAUCAUGUUUUCUGCUCCCCAUCUCUCCGCUGUGUUCAGACAUGCACCAAUAUUUUAAAAGGAUUGGGCAUUGCUGAGCGAAUGCCAAUUAAUAUUGAGCCUGGCCUGUUUGAAUGGUUGGCUUGGUAUCAGGAUGGUUUACCUGUUUGGAUGACAUUAGAUGAGCUGAUUGAGGCAGGGUUUAACAUAAACCGUAAUUAUGAUCCCCUCAUCCGGAAAGAGGAAGUUAAGGACACCCAUGAAAGUUGCGAGCAGUAUUAUGGAAGAAAUGCUUAUGUAACCCAGAGUAUUAUAAAUACAACUCAAGCUCAAGGAGGAACAAUACUGCUGGUUGGUCAUGCAGCAACCUUGGACACGUGCACUCGACAGUUAGUUGGAGGUGCACCAAGGUCAGCCCAUGAGAUGACAUCCAUUAUCAAAAAGGUUCCCUACUGUUCCUUUUCCAUGGCGGGCCAGGAGACAUCCGGCGCCUGGUCGCUCCUCGAACCUCCCUUCCCUCCUGUGACCCACUCAGCAAAUAUGAGAUACGACUGGAAGGUCCUCGUCCCGUAGUUGUUUCCGUCCCUUCCCUCCCAGUGUCGAAUAGGUGUAAUGUGAUUAACAGUUGGAAGCCCUUUCUAACCACGGCUUUGAAUUCCAAUACUCUUGAAUGGCUCGGAAGAUUUAACAAGUACAGUAUUUGUCUGCUACCCUGACAGGUGAACAGAUGAAGAUUUGUCCAGGUAAUCAUAUGAUUUGUAGAGUGGCAGAGAUAUGGUGCUUUGUUAUCAUUGCAUUUUUUUUUAUUAUGUGCAUGAUGGGUCAGAAUAUGUUGUUAGUAUUUAUAUAUUAUAUAACUGCACCAAAAAAUGUCAUAGAGAAUUACUAGCUCACAAUAACUGUAGAUCCUUCUCUUUGUUCAUUUUUGUAUUCAAAACAAAGAUGAUUGAGGUUAGUAUUGUUUUAGAAAGAUUUUUUUCAAAGAGCAGGUAAAAAAUAAAUGGUUACUUUUACAUUAUGAAAAAGCCAGGAUAUUUAUAAAUUUUGUAAUUGCCCACACUUCCUUGGAUUAUUCAGUCCUUUUGGUGUGAACAAUUGCCUGUUUACUUGCUCAGUCAUUCCCUGAUAGACACACUAUGAACAGUCUUCAGGAUGCUACUUUUCAUAUGCUUGAUGCUUUUAUCUUUUUUUUUUUUUGUCACCCAAUAAUCCUAGUAGUGGAAACAAUGGUGGAUAUAAAGAUAUCUUGAAUAUCCCUUUUCAUAUGGCAUAUAGUACAAACAGGCUUAGAAAGGGACCAAGAGGAUUGCAUAAACCACUCUGAAGGAAUUGCUCAUUUGCCACUGAAUAUAGUCAUAACACAGCUGCACACUUCACAAAGAUGAAGUCUUGAAUGAUAAUGAACUGAAUUUGAUAUUUUAUGCUCAAGGCUAAGAAUACAAGUAUUUCAUCUUAUUAAUGCAUUAUUAUUGCAUUCCAAAAUCUAAUGUUGAUAUACAUUUAGGCUUCAUUUUGCUAGACACUCAGUCAGUAUGUAUACUGAAAUAACUGGCUCCUGUUUACAGCAUAACCUUGCUUUGGCGCCAGACUGGAAACUUUGCAAUGAGCUGCUAAGAUCUAAGCUUCUCACUUGAAAUAUGAGGCACAGGUCAGACCCAAGUUGAGAAUGUGAUUAAGAAUAUCUUAAGCCUGACAUUAACCAAAAUUGAUUAAGUUUUAUACUAAACUUAAAUAACGGAUAUUAUUGUUAGGAAAGAAAGAGUGUAAAUGCUGCACAGAUGCAUAAGUUUCAAGGUCCUGAAGAAUUGUGACAAAGGAAAUGUACAGCAGAACGUUUUAGUUACCCACACCCAAAAGUGUUUAACUGCUGUAACUACAAAAUUUCUUACAUACAAAACAGCUUAUCAUUUUGUAAACUCCCCAGUCUGGCUUUGGCUUCAUGUAAAGAAUUUUGGCAUAAGAAUGCAAAGGAUGUAACCUGCAGCUUCUCCACAGGAUGGCUGAAUAACAUUUUCAAAUUAUUAUGUAAUUUCUUGCCAGGAGUUUUGUUGCUUUUGCCUUGUUUUUAUUGGAGCUAAUAUAACUAAUUCUCUUGCAUGGUAUCAUUGUUUUAUAUUUUGUAAUUUAACUUGUAUAAUUUUAGCAAAUACUGGAUAAUCAUUACCAAUUCUUUUGAAGUGUUGAGAUAUAUAUUUUUAAUAUUCACAUGUUGUUGAUUGCACAAGAGAUGGAGUCAUUGAGGGAUCUUACAUAGCCUAAAAACUCCCUCUGUACUUCUGAUAUUGGCUUGUCAAUUGAGAGAGGAAGCCUGUAAUUCAGGAAUAGUUAAGCUUGUUUUUUUUGUUUUUAUUAUUAUUUAAAGUGUUUAAUGUUACCCUCAGAAAAGAUCACUGAUGUGUUUACAGUCUUUAAGAAAAUUACCAGUCAUUUCAAACAUUUUGUUUAUAAUCACAGAAGCUAAUUCAGCCACGAUUUUCAGCUAUCUUUCAUCCAACUGUUUGUGAAAUAGGAGAAAUGAGAACACUUUAACCAAGUGAAUGAACACAAAACAAAAUGUUCCUUUAGACAUGACUGAUCAUCUACCAUUAACAUGAUGGUUCUGAUGAGAAGUAGCAUUGGUAAUUAGUACACGGAUCAAGGGCAUUAAUAUAACUUCAUUUGAAAUUUUCCUCCCAUUGAUUGUUGUUUUUAAGUAUGAUAUUUUAUUUCACUAUUUGCAUGUUUUCAAUUCAUGAAUAGUAUGUUAGAAAAGAGAGUUAAUAGAUCUUUAAUGUCAUGGUUAUUAUUAUGUAGGUCAUAGAUCACCUGACAGAAUAUUAAACAAACUUUUAGAAAUUGUGGUCAGGGUAGCUCAUCAGGAGUAUAUGGAUUAUUUAAAUCACAUAUUUUUUUAUAUCUGCUUGUGAUUCUUCCCCCAUUUCAUUCCCCUUUCUGUCCCCUUUAACCCCUAAAGGACAAAAUUGGCAAUUGUUGUUCUCAGGUACGUGUGAACACUGAGUGAAAACUAAAGAAGGCGUCCCCCCAAAUAUUCUAAUUCAUUCAUCUUAGAAAUAUCCCAAGAAUAACUGCAGCUUAAAUAAUUGUGUAUUAAGGAAGACAGAGAACAAAUUGCACUUUUUCUAUUAAGUGCACAUAUAGCUCUGAACUUCGUGAUACUUUAGGGGUUAAAACAUUUUAUUUUCCUCAGCCAAUAUUUAAAUUUUUAGUGUAUUUGUACAUACUUCAGUAGACAUUGCCCAGUGAUAGUGAGAGAAAGACUUGUGAGUCUGUAGCCUCACCCACCGCACCUUACCACCGAUGGUUUGUGAUUUUUAUUACAUUUGAUUGUUGAUGAUUAGAAUGAUGAUAACUUAGGAUAAUUUGAAUAAACUUGUUAUGUAAUGAGUUAUAGUGUAUUUUGAAAUACAGUGAUUUAUGAUGAAUAAGUGUGCUCUCUCAUUCGAGAAAUUUUAAUGUAAGAAAUUAAUGAUGACUUUAUUUCUUCAGGAGGCAAUAUUUUUUUAGAUAUUGUCAUUGUUACAUUUUUGAUUAUGUGAUGUAGCUGUAUUUUUAGGUGUUUUUUCUUUUCAUUUCUUUUCUUUUCUUUUUGUCAUUCAAUUGAAAACCUAGAAGACUGGAAUGAUGGUACUCGAGUUCCUGUAUUGGUGUCAUCUUGCUUUCAAACCAGUCAAUGAAAAUUUUUCUGCACUAAGUGUUUGAUCAUUUGCAUGUGUCUGUGAAAUGUGUUGUUGUAUUCCCAUAGCAAAUCCUUUGUCUGGCUGCCCUGUUUGGCCUUUAAGGAGCCAAAUAUUUUGUGCAUCUAUUCCAGUUGGUCAAUCAUAUCUGCAGUUUUUACCUUUAUUGUAAGGGUUAAUGUGAUCUUUGCCUUAUAUUUGUCCUAGGAGCGUUCGUUAUGGCAAAAGAUGGGUAGCUUAGAGUAGCAUGAAUAGAGCAUAACUCUUAGAUGAGCAUUUGAAUUGGGAAAAUGAGAUACUGUAGGGCAGAAUGUGUAAUUAUUGAUUGUUGUGUAUUGAAUGGUUACUCAAGAGAAAAUAUUGAAGGAAAAAUAUGUAGAAACAGAAUAUGUAAACAUUGGCUUUAAUCAGUAUUCACUAGAUUAAAAAUUAAAUAGGAAAAAAGCAUACUGUUGUGAAAAUGUGUCCCAGAUGACACCUUUAAUCAGAAUUCAUAAGUGUUAUGUGCAUAUGAGGAAGUGCUUGUUGUGCGACAUGCUUUCCUUCGAUAGUAAACAUGGAAAGUUCAGUUUUUAUUUUCUAGUCACCUGUUACCAUAGUAUAGAUUUAGGUCAUAUGACCCUAUAUUACAGAUCAUGUUAAGAUUCUUUUGUCUUUUUCAUUUGCUUUUUUUUUCCUUCCAUUUUCAUUUGAACUGACUUGGCUUCUUAUUCCCCCUAAGUAUUUCAUGUUGAAAUGUCAUGGAUAUUUCACUAGUGAUUAUUGUCACAAACUGUAUAUAAUAUUUUACAACUUGAGUGAUGAGUGAGCAGAUAAUUCAUUCACUCUUUUCUAGCUUGGUUAUGGAUGCUUUGAGAGUCAAAGUGUACACUUACUCUGGUUUCUAAGUUUACUGAAACCCCCCAAGUUGGAAUGCUGAUUCAAUGAUGGCCAUUUUUACACUUUCUUGACUUGGUGAUACUUCAGUAAAAGUAUUAGUAUUUAUGAAAAAAACAAGACAUCAGUGAGGGACAUCCCAGUGAAUUUGACCAUCAGAUUAAUAUGCAUUAAGGCCUACAAAUACAAUGUUAACAAUGUAGAAAUACUCUAGCCAUCUAUGUAAACAAUGAAGAAAUGAAUAUUACGGUGCUUUAAA